GAAACCCCAAAGGAGCUAUGAUCACUCAUGAAAACAUAGUCAGCAAUGCUUCAGCUUUUGUGAAAACUACAGAGAAAACAUUUUUACCUUCCUCUGAUGAUGUUCUGAUAUCAUUCCUGCCCUUGGCUCACAUGUUUGAGAGAAUUGUUGAGUGUGUGAUUCUGUGCCAUGGAGCUCGGAUAGGAUUCUUUCAAGGGGAUAUCAGACUACUUAUGGAUGACCUAAAAACACUGCAGCCAACUGUAUUUCCUGUAGUACCAAGGCUGUUGAACAGAAUGUUUGAUAAGAUUUUUGGACAGGCAGAUACUACAAUAAAGAGGUGGAUGCUGGAUUUUGCUUCCAAGAGGAAAGAAGCAGAACUCAAAAGUGGUAUAGUUAGAAAUAACAGUUUCUGGGACAAAGUCAUCUUCCGCAAAAUACAGGCAAGUUUGGGAGGAAGAGUAAGGCUGAUGAUUACAGGAGCAGCACCAGUAUCUGCAAGUGUACUGACCUUCCUGAGAACAGCUCUUGGCUGUCAGUUCUAUGAAGGUUAUGGACAGACUGAAUGCACAGCUGGAUGCUCACUGUCAGUGCCUGGUGACUGGACAGCAGGGCAUGUUGGAGCACCCAUGCCAUGCAAUAUCAUCAAGCUUGUUGAUGUACAGGAAAUGAACUACUCGGCUGCCAAAGGAGAGGGUGAGGUGUGUGUAAAAGGGACAAAUGUAUUUCGUGGCUAUUUGAAAGAUCCAGAAAAAACAGCAGAAGCUCUGGACAAAGAUGGAUGGCUUCAUACAGGAGAUAUUGGGAAAUGGCUACCAAAUGGUACAUUGAAGAUCAUUGACCGGAAAAAACACAUAUUUAAACUAGCCCAGGGAGAGUACAUAGCACCAGAGAAAAUAGAAAAUGUGUAUCUGAGAUGUGAAGCACUUGCUCAGGUGUUCGUAUAUGGAGAGAGCUUACAGGCCUUCUUGGUAGCCAUUGUGGUACCUGAUCCUGAGACUUUGCGCAACUGGGCCAAGAAAAAGGGAUUUGAAGGCUCAUAUGAAGAGUUAUGCAAAAACAAGGAGCUUAAAAACUAUGUUUUGGAAGACAUGGUGAGGAUUGGGAAAGAAUCUGGUUUGAAGUCAUUCGAACAGGUCAAAGACAUUGCCAUGCACAAUGAAAUGUUUUCUAUUGAAAACGGCCUGCUGACACCAACACUGAAGGCGAAGAGACCAGAACUGCGGAAAUAUUUCCAGUCACAGAUAGAUGAACUCUAUGCCAAUGCCAAAAUGUAACUGACAAUGGAAUGAGGGAAGUGGCACAUGUCUGAUGUCUACUGUUGGCCUUCGUAUCUGUAAUUUGACUACAGCAAACAUAGGGAAGGAAACUGUGCAAUCACUAACUUGUACAAAAAUGGGUACUUGCCAUAGGAACACUGAAGAAAUGGAACACUGCCUUACUGUCAAGUUGUGUUGCAUACUGUUUUUAUGGUGACCUACAAUUUCCAAAAAGAGCCUUAACUAUAAAUGGUAACUAUAUCUAAGUUAUUUAAGACUUCCUUGGCCAAAAAUGGGACUCUCCUUCACCAAGGAGCUAAGGUUUUCUUAUUGCCAGCAUGUUUGCUGUCUGCAGUGUAUUUUGCAGUUGUCAAUUCCACAAAGGAUUUGGCAGGUUUGAAAACGCCUCUAAGUAUCUUGCAUCCUCAGAAGGAUUACUUAAUCUGUUCAAAAAGAAAAAGACAAAACCCCCAACCAUUAAAAACACAAACCUUACAGGUGUAUAGCUGGUAUCGCAUCUAGCAUUAGUUCUAAUGUUAACUGGGGCAAAAUAUCUGAGGGGGUUUUUUGUCCCUUCUGUAUCUGCAGCCAGUUCUGAGAUCCACUUUAUAAGGUAGAGUCAGAACUCCACAAAAAGGAGGUUGAUGAAUACAAGCUCCUCAGAGUAAGUCCUCAUAUGGUGGUUCUGCACUGAAAGUGUGGAUGCAGUUAAUUCAGCAUGUGUAGCCUUUGCUGCAUGAAAGCAAUUCCAGAGUGGUGCCAGCCUGGUGAUUGAACAGAUCCUAACUCUGGCAAGAACACUAGAGACCUAAAACCAAAACCAUUCAGGAGGCUGGCUAUGCUAACAGUCAGGUAAACUGCACCUGUACUAGCCACUCAUUUCCCUGUAAUGAGCGUGUAUUUAAAAUGCAUUUUAAAAAUGUGCCAGGUCCUCUGUAAGCAGAAAAGCUUCUGACAUAACCUCUGUUUUCUGUGCUUUAUGUAUGAGCCACUGAGUAUUCUUCACUCAAUAGCAAAAUAGAUCAGGUAGAAUGUUUUUGCCUGAUGCUUUGCAGCAGUUGGAAGUAUUUAUGUAUGCCAACAGAACUGUGUGUUGGCACAGGAUAGGUAUUUGUUCAGGGAUAAAAACCUAAUUCCCAGAUAAAUUACAAAAUAACUAGUUUUUGUUUGAGAAAUCAGCAGAAAUAAGCCUUAUUACAGCAGAAGUCUUUUACUAUCCUUAACAGAGUUGGUUUUGCAUUAGCAUUCAUUGCUGUUUUCAAAAACAUGGAUAUAUGUAAAAUACAAGCACAACAAGGUUUGCACUAAGAUUUGUGUGUGAUUGUAAUGCACUACUCUGUAGCAUAAUUUCAUACAUGUGUGCAAUUAAGGUACACAAAUCAAAGUCAACUGUUAGAGCAGUAGUUUGUUACAUUGGAAUUCAAAUGUUUGCUUAGUGUUGGCUAUUUCUAUGUUUUAUAAAACCAAAACAAUUUUCAAAACCAAUGAAGGAAACCAAAAUAAAUAUUUCUGCAUUUCAA